AUGGCAGAGCGGCUAGGCGAAUGGUUUCCUUUCAAUUCCGAGCUGUACUGCAGAAGGCUCACUCUGUAUGACCAAAUGCACUGGGAUGCCGGUGUAGCAGAGUCGUCGGAGGAAGAUGGCGCCCCCUUUAGCUUCGCAAGGUGCGAUUUUGUAUGUGCAGCACCGUUUGGCGGAUCUGUUGCCGUCAUUCCGUCCCUAACGAGCAGUGACGCCACCGCUUGUGGUGGGGCGGUGCGGGUGUACACGAGCGCUGGGGAGUUCCAGGCGAACGUGUGUGUGCCGGCGGACGUUGGCGCACCCAUCGACAUGGGAUGGACGAAGGAGGAGAGCCUCGUCGUCCUGACGGAGCAGCAGGCAUGCGUUUUCUUCGACAGCAGUUUUGCGGGCGGGGGCUCCACAGCGAGGCGGGACGCCGCCGUGUCGUCACGCACGAUUCGUCUGCAGGACGUUGCGUCCACCUCAUCCUCUGUUUUGGGCCUUCGCGUGACGCCGACGGUGUUGUCGUGCAUGCGCGCUGAGGGGCUGUUCUGUAUCGACCAGGACGGGUGGCUGCGCGGUGUUCUGCAUGAAGAGCGCCGCGGCCCGCGGGUGCUGGAUCCUGUGCUGCUAGAGCUUGGCAGCCAGCCGGCAGCCAUGGACUUUAUCCCCGCCGAGUGGAACGAUGAUGACGAAACAGUGCUCUACGUGGCAACGAUGCCACGGCACCGCCGAGGGGACAGUAUACUGCACGUCUUCAUCUCUAGCCUUGACUACAGCGAGAAAUUGCGUCGGCGCGUUCCCGGCGGUGCUGUGGCGAUGAAGGUGAACCACAACGGGUCUCACAUCGCGCUCUACACCAACUGCGCCGCUUUGUACGUAAUAUCGAGCAAUAUGAAGUCUGUUGACUUCUCCAUUCUGUUGGGCCCACAAAGCAAGAAGCCGUCAAAGAUGGAGUGGUGCGGGCCCUCCUUCGUCAUGCUCCACUUCAGCAAUCCCAGUGUUCACUGUGGCUCUCGCUCCCGCGCCGACGCUCCGAUGUUUUCCCUCCUAAUUCCGACACUCCCUGAGGCGUCAGUGAGGUGCGAGAGGCUUGACUGGGAGCUAGAGGGCAGCGGCCGUGUGGCAACUGUGGCUGAGGUCGACGGCGUGCGCGUCAUUACAGAGCUGGCGUGCUACUUCAUUGAGCAGGUGCCACGGAGCCUCGCCAGUCUCUGCCGCAUCAAGCCGCUGAGCCGUGCCGCGCAUCUAGUUGCUGCGCAUGCUGACGCGGUGAACCGCUUGCCGAGAGUGCGCCGCUUGCUAUCGAAGUGGGGCAACACCGCCUUCGCAGAGGUGCUGGAUGAGAUCAUCGAUGCCGCUGCGCAUGAGUUUUCCCCCGACCAGCAGCAUCUCCUACUCCUCACGGCCGCCUUCGCGAAUGAAGUAAACCGGCAGUACGACUCCGACACGUUUGUAGAUGUCGUGCGGCGUUUGCGUGUGCUGCAUGCGGUGCGCAACCACCCGGGGUGCCGAAUGCCGCUCUCGUUUCGGCAGUAUUGCGCCCUGGCAGGGUCGGAGCAUAUGCGCACGCUCGCCCCAUCCGAGGCACAAGUGCUGGUGGACCGCCUCACGAAUCGUUGCUGUUUCCAGCUAGCAUUCGAUAUUGCAAGCGCGCUCUGUAUGAAGCCGCUGCGUCUGCUCUCACAAUGGGCGUGCUACAAGGUGCGGGACUCCUCACUUGAUGAUGCCACUGUGCACGCGCACGUCCGGGAGGUGCUCGGUCGUUAUCCUGGUUCCAGCUACGUUCAGUGCUCACUGACCGCAUUCCGCACAGGUCGAAGCACGCUCGCCACCACACUUCUUAACGAAGACUUUCGUGCACACAGUAAAGUUACCGUCUUCCUGCUCCUUGGUCAGUGGGAACUCGCUAUGCAGUGGGCAGCUAUGGGUGAUGAUGCCGACUUGCUCCAUCUGGCACUCGCAAAGGCAGUGGCGUCAGUGGAGGAUCGAGGCAAACUCUUUAGUGUACUGUUGAAUUACCCAGCAGCGGUUGCAUGGAUACUUCUGGUGGGGCAUAUACUACCGACAUGGAAGGAGAUUUGUGAGGAGAUGUGCACGAGGCACGGCGACGCCACGCUGGCACUUUACCAUGCACGUUGCAGCAUCGCGCGGGCUGUUGAGGGGAUUUCGGGUGCGCCCGACGGCGAGGCGAGAAAGGAGAAGCUGACACCACGGAAAGAAGAGGCGGACGAAACCAUUGAUAAAUCGAUGGAUAACAAGGGCAUCAGUGGUAUCAAUCUGGCUGCAGCAUCACGUCUCUCGUCGAUUCUGAAGCAAAUGGCGCCUCCCUCAUUGGGCGACGCUGUUGCAGCGUUGGGGCGGUGUAGGCAGCUGCGUUCAGUUGCCGGGGGGAAGUUCUCCAUAGCUGCCACCGCGGCAAACUACCCGUUGGUGUUCCCGCCAUUUUCUGCAGAGACGCUGGAGGAGGAAUGGCGGUGGCUCUCGCUCCACCGCGAACUCCUGCAAACACAGCAGCAGCUCGCCGCGGAGUACCAUGACCCCCGAUUUCGCCACUGCAGCGUUGUGCGCACAGUUUACUUGUGUUUCCUGCACGGCGGCGAAAAGCGUGCGGAGGAGCUGCGAGUGAAGUACCACGUCAGUGAGAAAAAGUACACGUACACAAAGCUGCUCGCACUCUGUGACGCCGGGCGCUGGGCAGAAGCUGAGGGACUUGGCGGGGCUUCAGGCGGCCGCUUCGUCACGAGGCCGCCCAUCGGCUAUUUGCCGUUUGUCGAGCAGUUUGCCCACCGUUCGCAGGCUGAAUGUGCCUUGCGAUUCGUUCCGCAUCUGGACGGGGUCGCAAAGCGUGUGGAGUGGUUCAUGAAGUUGGAGCAGCCGCGGCUGGCCAUCGAUGACGCAUUCCACGCACGCGACGCGUCACUCAUUCAGCAGAUCAUAAGAAAGACACGCGACACGGCGACGCAGGAAUAUGGAGAACGACGCCUGCAGGAACUCAGCUGA